AUGGCGGAAUUACUAUCACCGACCACCGGAAACCCCCCAAUCGAGAAUUCGGGUCCCGGGGUUUUGAUCGCCGAUAAUGCAUCGCGUGAUUCGAUCACUAACACCACCCCGGCCGUCGAGAUCCAGCACGACGAGUCCUCCCUGAAUGCGCCUGGCGGAGGAAUUUGUCCGCCGGCGGAGUCGACGGCGGAUGUGGUGGGGGAAAGCGUGGCCGGCCCUGAUGAGCUGGAAUUGCAGAACGCCCUAGAGAGGGAUUUAUGCCAUCUGACGAUUCAGAAGGCUGAAAUCGAGGCGGAGAGAGAGAGGUUGGAAGCGGUUAAUGUGGAGGGAGGGAAGGAUGUCGUGGGAACAGUGGAAAUAGGCGAGCUUCAUGAAGAAGAGGAUGGUAAAAAUGCAGGAAAUGUUGGAGAUGAGAAUAAGAGUGGGUGGGGUUACGCCGAGAUUGAAGGAAGGGCGAAGCCAGAUAAUCUUCUUGAAGAAAAGGGUGGAGAAUAUUCAGUGAGUGUUGAAGAUGAAAAUUGGGAUAGAUGGGGUUUUGGGGAGAAGGAGGAAAUGCUGAAAGUUGAAAAUUUUCAUGAAGAAAAAGGUGGAAGAAAUGCAGUGAAUGUCGAAGAUGAAAAUGGGGUUCGGCUGGGUUAUGUGGAGAAUGAGGGUGCAUUGAGACUAGAUAAUCUUCAUGGUGGAAAAGGUGAAACUAAUGGGAAGAGGUUCGAAGAUGAUAAUGUGGAUGGGUGGGGUUACAUGGAGAAUGAGGGAGCAUGGAAACAUGAUAAUCUUCACGAAGCAAAUGUCUGGAGUGUUGAAGAUCAAAAUGAGGACAGGUGGGGCUUUAUGGAGAAUGAGGAAACAAGGGAACUUAAUAAUCUUCAAGGAAAAAUGGGUGGAGAAAAUACCGAGUAUGUUGAGGAUCAAAAUGAAAAUAAAUGGGGUUUUGUGGAGAAUGCGAGAGGUAGUGAGGACAACAAAAUGAAUGGAGGAAGUAGGUCUGGGAAUGCUGUGACAAAGUUCGGAAGAUAUAAUCAAAAUAGUAACAAUAGGAAGAUUAACUAUCCUAUGAGGCCUGGUGCAGAGGAUUGUGCAUAUUAUAUGAAAUCAGGGUGUUGCAAAUUUGGGUCGAGUUGCAAGUUCAAUCACCCUCCUAGGAGAAAUACCCAGGUUGUUAAGGAGAGAGCCAAGUAUGGUGGGGAUAACUCAGAAAGGGGAGGACAAACUGAAUGCAAGUAUUACCUGGCAUCAGGUGGAUGCAGAUAUGGGGAGAACUGUAGAUUUUCUCAUGAUUCAGACAACAGCUCCAAGUCUCAAGUUCUCGAGUUCAACUUUUUAGGACUGCCGAUUCGAUCAGGUGAAAAGGAGUGUCCCUUCUAUAUGCGAACUGGGACAUGCAAAUAUGCGUCAAACUGCAGGUUUCAUCAUCCUGAACCUACCACAGUGGGUGAAGCUGCUUCAUCCUCUGGAUAUGACAAUGGGGGCUCCAUUUCUUCACAACUGCUUUCCUCCUCGUCUGUGCCAUCUUGGUCUUCUCCUAUGGCAGUUAAUGAGGCUUCAUCUUUCAGACCUUCGGUGUUCUCUGGUGGCCAGGGUGCCCCAUCUUCAGAUCCAGAGUGGAGUGGUUACCAGGCUCCAAACUACACCACAUCUAAUAGGAGCUUACCGACACCUCCAGCAUUUGCCUUGAGCAAUUUACCAACUGAGAUCAGCUUUUUGGUGCUCGACGAAUACCCAGAACGUCCGGGUGAACCCGAGUGCAGUUUCUUCAUGAAAAAUGGAGACUGCAAGUUUAAGUCUAAUUGCAAAUUCCAUCACCCAAAGACUCAUAUACGCAAGCCCAAGGCAGAUUCAUUUACUCUCAACGACAAAGGCCUGCCUCUUAGACCUGAUCAGCCCAUCUGUACGUACUAUCAUCGCUAUGGCAUUUGCAAGUAUGGGCCUGCUUGUAAAUAUGAUCAUCCAUCAAGUUUUGCCAACUUGCCAACCCCAUUUGAUCAGAAGCCAUUUAUACGAACUUGA